GAUAUUGUGCGAGCGGUGGUGCAGGCAUUGAACGUGGCGCAGGGGCAGCCGGUGAGUGUUGCUCCGGACUGGCCGAGUUCGGAGGCGAGGCCAAUGACAUCGCCGAGCUCGGACUCUCAAUCAAGCGGCUUUCACAACUGGAACCAAAUUAAAUUUGCUUCGAAACUGAUACCCUCCUUUGCCGGAAAGGAGGAUGAGAAUAUUAUCCCCUGGUUGGAGCGGAUUGCCAGCAUCGCCAGAAUGUAUCGAAUAUCCGACGAGGCUCUGGUCGUUGCGGCAGUGAAUCAGCUGUCCGGUCGGGUAUUGGGUUGGUAUAACCGUCAGCGAGUGGAGUCUGUUGCGUCUUGGCAGGACUUUAAGCGUCAGAUCCGUCUGUAUUUCGAGAGAAAAGAAACUGUCACCAUGACACUGUCGAGAAUCAACGCACGAGUAUGGAGGGCGCAGUCCGAGAAAUUUAUAGAUUAUGCGGAGGAUAAAUUAAAGCUGAUGCAGUUUCUCACGUUGACCGAGAAAGAGAAAAUUGAAUUGCUGGUUGACGGAGUCAAGGAUUUCGCUUUCCGAAAAUUCGCUUUGAAUUCAUGGGCCACUAACGUUCCGGAGUUUUUGGAGCAAAUGCGGAGGAUAUCGGAGGAUGGCGUGGUUGCGCGCCGUACGGGAGUCGACAUCGCGGGCCAGAGGACCAGCCCGAGGGUGGCCAUCGGGGGGAGCGGCAUCAGUUGUUCUCACUGCAAGAAGCCCGGGCAUCUCGCGAGGGACUGUAGGGUUGCCGCAAUGACGUGCUUCGCGUGCGGUCAGAGGGGUCACCUGAGUUCGGCCUGCCAAAGAAAUAGAUCCGUUCCGGGAACUACCUUGAAUCACCUGGCGGAGGUGUCCGUGGAGGAGGAGGAGCCACAGUCGGAGGAGGCUGCCAAGGAGGAAGCGUCGAGCGGGAUUUAUGUCAUUGAGGGAGAGACGCCGUACAUCGCUGUGUCCAGAUGCGGUUUCUCAGAUAAGUCGUUCCGCGCCCUUGUAGAUGCGGGCAGCCCAGUAAGCUUAAUUCGAAAAUCAAUUUAUCAAAAAUAUUUUGCGAGCGCUAAUUUGUUUCGAGUAGGGAAAUACUUAAACUUGAAGGGAAUUAAUAACUCGGAGAUCAAAGUUCAUGGGAAAAUAUUCGAUCAGAUCUGUUUGGAAGGAAAUGUCAGUCGUUGGUUUGAUGUUACUCUUUUAGUAGUGGAUGAUUCAACUAUUGCAUUUGACGUAUUGUUGGGACGCGAAUUUUUAAUAAAUUCGAAGGUUAAACUCAUUUAUCAGAAUGGCAGAUUUAAGUUUAAGUGCCCGGCAGGGAAACCUGAACAGGUUGAUUUUAUUUUCCAAAUUGGGAUUGAUGAUCCGAGGGAGCGCUGUGAUGUUGUAAUGGAGAAUUUGGAUGGGCGAAUUGACGGUCAAACAAGAGAACGACUGGCAGAUCUCUUACACAAGGUCGAAAAAUUGGAGAUGUCCCCCGUCGUUGAUAAUUACCAAAUUCGUGUACAUAUGAGGGACCCAUCGUUGUUUCGCUAUGCGCCCCUGUUGGUGGAGAAGCGUAACGAGCAAAAGCGUAUGUGCGUUGAUCUAAGACCUCUAAAUCAAAGGAUCUAUCCCCAGAAAUACCCAUUUCCCAUAAUCGAAGAUCAGAUAAAUCAAUUGCAGGGGAAGUGCGUGUAUUCCAAGUUAGAUUUGAAAGAUGGAUUCCAUCAAAUCGAUAUCCAUCCAGAGGACACUAAAUAUUUUGCAUUUUCGGUCCCGCACGGUCAAUUCGAAUAUAUAAAAAUGCCAUUUGGGUAUUCGGAGGCUCCGGCCAAAUUUCAAAAAAGAAUUUAUCACAUAUUGGAUCCUUUGAUACGGAGCGAAAAGAUACUGGUGUACAUGGACGAUAUACUAAUUGCAACCUCCACAAUCGACGAGAAUUUGGAAGUUCUGGAGGAAGUAUUGCUGUUGUUAAAGAAAUACAAAUUGGAAUUAAAUUACGCUAAGUGUACACUCUUAAAGCGGGAAAUAGAAUAUUUGGGUUACGUAAUCUCAUCCGAGGGUAUUAUCUUGAAUCAGAGAAAAUUUAUCAAGGAUUAUGCCUUAAAAGCUAUGCCACUGCAUCGAUUAACGAAAAAGGACGUACCGUUUCAUUUUGACGAACAGUGUAAAGCCGCGUUUGAUUUGCUAAAGGGUGAGCUGACGUCUUCACCGGUAUUACAUAUAUAUAACCCACUAGCGGAAACCGAGCUCCAUACCGACGCUAGCCGGCAGGGGUUCGGAGCCAUUCUACUGCAAAAGCAAAAAACGGAUUGGUGGGCGCCGAUCGCUUACUUUAGCAAGGCAACUAUCGAUGCAGAGAAAAAUUAUCAUAGCUUCGAGUUGGAAACUCUUGCGAUUGUAAAGGCGGAAAAUAAUAUAAAGCAUGUGCUGACGGCGGUGGCAUCCCCCUGGGCUAAUGGCCAGGUGGAACGAGUAAAUCGAUUUUUAAAAUCCACGCUGGCUAAGAUGGCCGAAAACCCAGCAGAAUGGAAGGACAUCUUAGGCGGGGCUCAAUAUGUGAUUAACAACACCCUCAAUAAAGCAAUUGGAACCACUCCGAGCAAAUUGUUACUGGGCUAUGAACAACGGUAUAAGGGAGAUGAAAGCUUGCGCGCGCUUAUCGACACUCUUCGGGACUCUGACGUAAAUUUUGAAAAGGAACGCGAGGAGUUGAGAGAUUCUGCGAAAAUUGUGAACCGUCGAUUGCAGGAAUAUAAUAAAAUACAAUAUGAUAAGCGUCAUAAAAAGAAUAAAUUGUAUCAGGCGGGUGACUUUGUGCUAGUAAAAGUUCUUCAACAUAAGCCGGGAUCUAAUCAGAAGCUCGUGCCGAAAUAUAAGGGUCCGUACUUAGUUAAAACAGUUCUGAAAAAGAACCGAUUUGUCAUUACCGACAUACCCGGGUUUAAUAUAAAACAAAAGCCGCUGAACACAAUUAUGUCAGCCGAUAAACUAAAGCCUUGGAUUAAAAUAAGUAGCCCCAAGGAAAACGGAAAAGCCGAAUGA